UUUCAGUGCAACUCGUGAAGGCAGACGAUUUCCUACAAGUCCAUGUACUUCAGCAUUCUAAGUGAUUGCCAAUCCUCAGCAAGCUAAUCCUUAGGUGACUCUCUCGAGAAUUCGAGAUUGCGGCUGGGACGGCGAAUCCUAAUAUUGACAAUCAAGCAUUGUUGCUACUGCUGUUCUUUGUGGAGUGCAACCCCUAAUGCUCUACCUGCACUCUACAUCCCUACUAAAUUCUCUAAGCCAACUUCUAUCCUCUCCUUUACUUCUACCCUCCAUUUCCCUUAGCGAAUAGGAUACCAUGGAUUACCGUUCUUCUAUAGCUGAUGACGAGCACCCAGCCGGUCCAUCCCCCUGGGGAUCAUCGUCGCCAUCUGCCUCGCCGCGCCGCAACGAUUCAUCCUUCGGCUCUCUAGGCAACGAGCAUCAACCCUCCUCACCGUAUCAAUACGCAGUCCACGACCCCAGCAACGGUUUCGCGCAAGAAGACCCAGGCGUCAACGCUUUCAGACGACCAGGCACGGCCAGCAGCACAACCUCCACACCGGCGUACGACACCCCAGAACAGCAAACAUCCUCGCAGCAAUCCGAAGCCGGAGCCGAAACCGAGCAGCAGCCGCCGAGCACACCGCAGCGAUCGCCGGCGCAAGGUCAGGCCGCAGGCGACAGCCCACAAGAGCAGCAACCGCAGCGAUCGAGGGGGCCCCAAUAUAAGCUACAGGCCAAGAUCACCGGACUAGAGCGAACGGGUCGCAAAGAUCCCAUUUUGAGAUUUGACGUCCACACGAAUAUACCCAAGUUCCGAACGACCCAGUUCCGCGAUGUCCGCCGUUUACAUUCUGAAUUUGUCAAGCUUGCCGAGCAUUUGAUAUCCGCCAACCCCGAUGCGUUUGUGCCCGCCGUUCCGCCGUCUGUGACGUCCGCAGGCGCUGGGACUGACGAAGACGAGACGAGGGUGAAAGCCCUUCUACAGAGAUGGUUUAAUUACGUAUGCGGCAAUGAAGUCCUCAUGAGAGAUGAUGAAAUGGUUUUAUUCGUUGAAAGCGAUUUUGGUUAUAGUCCUAUGGUCAAGAAGAAGCAGCCGGCCACCGGCGUACGGAGGAAGCUGCUGAAGCAAUUCGCACCACCGCCCGAUGAUACGCCGGAGCUGUCCGAGGCACGACCCAUAGUAAAGCUAUUCUAUCUAGGUUCAAUGGAUGCGGGACACAAGGUCGAUCGACUUGUCAAAUCCCGUAGAGGGUUAGGAUUAUCAGAAUCCGACUUCGGAGUCAAACUUGGUGCAAUGAACGUUCAAGAGCCGCACCAGGGCCUCGCGAACGCAUAUCGGAAACUCGGCAAGAUUGUACAGACUGUGGGUGACUAUCAUGCAGCCCAGGCCACUGCUGAAGCUACAACACUUGGCGAUCCGUUUCAGUAUCAUUCACAGGAUGCAUUCAUCGUCAAGGAGACUCUAACAAACAGACAACUUCUGAUUCGCGAAUUCUUACAAGCCCAAGAGAGCACGCGGAGCAAAUUGAAUGCCGCGGACAGGUUGAGAGCUAACUCAACCGUACGGCGCGAGAAGGUUGACGAGGCGAUCGCUGCUCUAGACGAAGCAAGAAACUCAGAGCUGGAGUUGGCGCAGAAAACUUCGAGGGUAACACAUAAUCUGGUGCAAGAACGUCGCAAGUGGUUUGCGAGAACUGCCUCGGAUUUACGUCUCAGCAUUCGGGAGUUUGUAACUCGUGAGAUCGAGGCCGAACGACGUACCCUCGCACUGCUAGAAAGUGUUCGGCCCGAUAUCAGAGCCAUCGAUGCUUCAGGCGGUCUAAGUAGACUAGGACGGGAAGCUCAUCCGACGGUAAGGCGCCCAAGCCUUGCAGCCAGCCAAGGUCCCAAAGGUGAUGCGUGGAGCGGUGUCCCCCGCCGCACGGAUAGGAGCAUGUCGGGGAGCUUCAUGUCAAAUGUUGCCGAGGAAGACGAUGGCGAGAACGGGCAGCGCCCAGGAUCCAGGUCGCUCAGCGGCAGCGGGAUCAGUACGGGAUUGCCCGGUCUUACGGAGGAGGAUGACGAGGACCGCGUGGAUGCCAGGAACGCUGCCAGUCGAUUGGCGACGAGCACAUUUUAAAAAAAUGUUCAGCGAACCAACCUUUUUCGGGAGCGGGUCUAAAAAGAGCCUGAAUCCCUCACCGUAACGGGGAAGUUUUGUAGUAUUGUAUGUAUGUGUGGGGUCUUCUUCCACAACCUUGAUCCCAGCUGUUUUUUUUCGGCGUGAAUUGAAAAGAGCAUAGGUACAGCUUUGUCUCCCCCUUGUCCUUUUUUUGCUCUCUAUCUAAAGUGCUCCUCAACUAUAACUCCGAAUAAUUCUAGAUCGAAUUGUGUAA